UUCCAGAUAUCUGGUCUCUCGGGGUGAUCCUGUACAUGUUGGUGUGUGGAGUCCCUCCUUUCCAGGAAACCAACGACAGCGAGACUCUGGUCAUGAUUCUGGACUGCCGCUACCGCUUCCCCAAACACGUUUCAGACGACUGCAGAGACCUGAUCUCGAGGAUGCUGCAGAAAGCCCCGUCUCUGCGCGCCUCGCUGCAGGAGAUCCAGGCUCAUCCCUGGCUGCAGGGGCUGGAUGACGCCCUACUGAGCCCAGAGGCCCCGCCACACUGGCUCUCAGGGGCCCUCUCUCCAGGCUCUCCCCGCUCAGGAGCACCUGAGUGUGGGGAUCUGCUUGCUGCCAGACCCCCACCUCAACCUCAGACCUUCCCUGGCCACUGGCAACCCAGCCUCAGCUUCACCCUCAGACCUCCUCCCGCUGAAGAGCCACCAGUCCCUAAGAACAUCCCUGCACUACAGCAGAUAUGUGAGGAGGAGGAGGAGGAGGAGGAGGAGGAGGGGAGUUUGGCAAAAGAGGGUGAAGGUUUAGAAUCUUUGCAAGAAGCAGAGGCAGAAAAAGACGUUGAGGAGAUACUUAAAGGUUCAGAUAACCAAAAAGAAGGAUUAGGAAGCUUAAUGGAGAUAGUGGAGGAGGAAAAGGUGGAAAAUAUGGAGAUAGAGGAGGAAGACAGUGGGUGUGUGAUUUCAGACCAGCCUGUCGGACAUGGAGACAGGCCUCUCAGGCCGACCCCUGCCCUCCCACCGUCCUCUCUGCCUGGUUUGGUGGUACCGUGCUGUCGGGGGCAGCCGGAGUCCCCGAGCCUGGAGGAAGGAAACGACGAGGAGACAGAACCCAACAACAACAAGGCUCCUCCUCUCCUCCCUGAUCCCUCUGAUCCCUCUGAUCCUUCCAGCCCCGCCUCCUCUCCAAGACUCAUCCUGAGUGACAAGGAGGCGCAGAAACAGGAGAGAACAGAGGAGGGAGGGAGAGAGGACCUCUUAACGGACAGAUCUCCACCCCGGGAAGAGGCUGCUCCGAGGGUGGAGCAGGGGAAACGACACAGCCUGAAGCUGCGUGAGAGACUCUUCCAGUUCCCCCUGUGUGAGAAAGCUCUGGCCUUCAACAUACCCACACAGAACAAGCCCAAGAUCCUGCCGCUGGCUCAGUACAACUGCUGCCAUGUGCUGUAAGUGAACCCACUGACUGGGGACAUGCAGGCUGCUUAGCAGGGGGCAGGUGGCGGGACACUUUGUGCAGAGCCAAAUGGGACGAGUAAAGCUAACCCACAAUCACCCCCUUCUAGCAUUGUGCUCAUGUAAUUAACAUUGUGCUGAGCUAGAGGUGGUGUACUGCACUGUAGUCAGACUUAGUAGAACCUCAUGCUACUGUUACCGGAGAUUUAUAAUGUGUCCAAUCUGUAGCUUAGAAGCAAUACUGGACCUACAAGAAGAAGAGAUAGGCUACGUUCACACUGCAAGCUUUAGUGCUCAAUUCUGGGAAUGUUUUGGUUUGGCUGUUUCCCGUUAUAGUUUUAGAAGUGACCAUUAUUGUGUGAACUGGUCCUGAACUGAUCCGCAUGCACAAAAUAAGAAUUACAAAGAAGUCACACACAGAUAACUUUCAGAAGCAUGGUGGCAUGUGUUUACAGAGGAAGCAGGUGAUGACUUUCACUGUCCCUCCACUGUAUACACAAUGUCAAAUUAGACAGAAAAGUCACAUGAAUUCAGAUUGAACUGUUCCAAAAAGAAAUAGCAGACCUGCAUCUGCCCAAAUCAGAAUUAAAGAGGCCCUAUUAUCUUUUUUUCCUGUAGUGUGUUCUAUAGGUUUGUGUGCAAGUAAAUGGUCUGCAAA